AUAGGUUAGGCCUUUACAAUAAGAUGCUUUAUAAUUUCAGUCCACCGUAUGUCCGAUUUCCAAUGCACUCGCAGGGACAAAGCGACAUAUUCUCUACAUCAAAUGACAUACAGACAAAACUUACUACACAUUCUUGGGAUGAAGUGAACGCCAUCUUGAAAAAUCUUAGCAGAACUAAAGACGAUGUUGUAAAUAAGAAAGUUGAUGAAAAUCUGGCGAAUCUACUGCAGGGACUUGCUAAGAUUGGGCAUAAUGAAAAUGUUCACUUAGUGCCAAAUGCUUCAUGGUACACUCGACGAGUCGCCAGCACGCCUCGGCCUGCCACCAUCAUGUACCAAACAGGCUCCAUAACAUGGAGGCAACCAUCAGCCAGUUACAGGACAAAUUAUUUCGAAGAGAUUGAAGACACAUCACCAUUCGGGAGAAUGACGCACGACGAUAAUAAAUCGAUCACUUUAGAUAUGACUACGAGUAUCAAUGAUUAUGUAACUUUACUGUCCCCUGUUUUAGAUGUGGACCAAAUCAUCCUUAACGCUACGGAGCAGAGGAAUGCAUAUCGUAACACAAGUGGCUUCCCAGAAAUAAUUUCAGAAGUUAGUGGCACUACCACAACUACACCUGAAACCAUGAAACCCGUGACUCUAUUGGACCAUGAAUCGUGGGAGAACAUGGUGCAUGCCGCUCCUCGUAUGGCUGUGAUGCUGAACUCCGUUACCUCCAGCGAGGUUAACACGAAACAAGAAACCAAUGGAACACUAUCGGAACCAAAUACCAGGAAUACAGCGAGGCGUAAGAAGCGGUUUAUCCACGCGAUCCCGAUCGAGCACGCGAAGCCGCGUCGAAUUCCCGUCAAUCACGAGGUGCCCCCGUCCACUGAGCCCGUCGACAGCGUCUCCGACGCCCAGGAGUUUCAACGACUCAUAGAAGUGCAGGACGACGAGGCGCAAGACCGCGUGGCUCUGCGCUACCUGGGACAGUACGUGGGCCCCGCGCUGUUCAACAUCUGCGACUUCAGCGAGGCUACUUCGAGACACGUCUACCUCUUCAACUCCUCUCGCCUUGUACUUGCUAUUGGCAACUUUACUGUUAGUUAA